GCGGUCUACCUUGCUGGCGGCGAUGUGGCCCCGUUUCACAUCAGAAAUCCUAAUCAAUAAGGUCUUUUGCAUCAACGGGCGGCCAUUGUAGCCCAAUCAAGAUCUGUUAGAAUCAAUUACCGGCUGAAUGCUGGCAUUAUACCCUGGAGUCGGGGCUGGUGUCGUGGUUUCUGGAGUCAGUCGACCCGCGGCAACCCUAUCGCGCUCUAGAUUAAGACCAAGCUUUUCGCCGUUUAACUGCGGGAAGUUGUAGCGCCCUUCUGUCUACAGACACUAAUAUUUCUGUACUGUUGGCGCGGCUUGGUGCGCUCAUUAGUUCUCGGGCACAUUUUUGUGUCGGGAUCGGUACGAACGUAGACAAAGAUGUCGCUGACAGACGACGUGCAGGAGAGGGAGAGGCGCCCGAGCCCUGGGCGGGAGAACACGAGCCCUCGCCCGAACACAAGCGACUUCUCUAUCGCUAGGAUACUCUCGAACAACAACAACCUCGAUAGAGACAGACAGCGCCACAGUCAGAAAGCUUCAGCGCACGAGUCACCCAGGAGGGAUCUCCACGGGCUGGGGGCACCGAUCGAGGUUGAGAAGUCCGGCGGGCCUUUCUCCGCCUCGCCCCGUACAGACGCGUCGAUCGCCUCGGCGUCUUCGCCGGAAGUAAGCUCCACGUCUUCGGCAAGGACACCCGACAGCCUCAAGUCGCCGUCACCUACAACUGAGGACAUCCACAGCAAGAAGAUGAAAGCGAACGACGACGACGUUCGAUCGGAAUCGCCCCGUUUGUACAGACAAGAUGAGAGAAAGAAGCGCCCCCGUACGGCCUUCACGGCAGAGCAGAUCAAGGAACUGGAGGGCGAGUUCCAGAAGAACAAAUACCUGUCUGUCACCAAACGACUGGAGCUGUCCAACCAGCUCAAACUCACAGAAACCCAGAUAAAAAUCUGGUUCCAGAACAGGAGGACGAAAUGGAAAAGGAAGUACACCAACGACCUGGAACUACUCGCCCACCAACACUAUGCAUCCCUUGCUGGACUUUACGGAGCACCAAAUCCUUGGGCCUAUGCUCAGAGACUUUACAACAUGGGCCAACAUCCGGGGUAUUACCAAUACACCCCGUUCCAGGCAGCACCAGCCUUCCCGAGAUACCCUUCGCCAGUGCUAGCCCAUCAACCAACGUUAGCUGGCCCUGCGACUCCAAAUAGCCCAGCAAGAACAUAGUCUGAUUUAGUCGCUACAGUGUAAGUGUAAAUAAUUCUAUUCUAAGUAAAUAUUGUAUUUUUCUCCUUAAAAUAACGAACAGCAAACUAGAUGUUCACGUAGCUGCUGAUUUUGAAUUUGAAUUCUCAAGCCUAGUUCCAUUGAUGUUAAUACGUUGGUGAUUCGGUUGUAGACGUUAGAAGUCGUUACGUUCAAACUAUGCACAUGAUUUUUUCUUCCUCACUGCCUAUGUCAAGAGAAAAGUUUGUUCCGAUAAACGUAAACUACAAAAGACUUUAGAAGUACAAUAGGAAUAAUAUUAUUCUGAGGUUCCUUUAUGAUUACACAGUCGUCUAUUAUUUAUGCAAUAGUUAGGUAAUCAACAAAGUGCCUUUAUUAAGAUCUAUACAUGUAUGAUUAUGCAAUAAGAUUUCGUAAGGUUGUAUAGAGUCUUUUCCUAUUCGUAGUACAAAAGUAAUAAAAAAGGAAUUUUCUCUACA